AUGUACGCCCUCAAGCAGAUCUCUUUCCUCGCGUUGGCGUUAUUCUCGGUCGGCAGUGUCGCGAAGAUGACGACGAUUGGUCUCGAGACACCGGAGGGAAGCAAGCCGAUUCAAGUACCCUUUGACGAAUGUCAUUUGGUUGACGAGGAGGAGGUCUUUACGGUCGCUACGACGACUUUCUGUCGCUUCUUCGUUGGCACCGUCUGCAAUGGUCGCCAAACACUUCUGGGACCGGGUGAUCACUCGUCGGCCGACCCGGUGCCCAUCGGCAGCGUCUACUGCCAGGGUUAA